AUGGCGCAAGAGUCAGCUAGUCCGGCUUUCUCAGAGCUCACCGAGUUCGAAGAGGUCAAUACGCCUCUGGAAGCAGUUGCGGACCUUCCUUGGUCUGCCAUACCAUUCCAAUCUUCCGUGACCGGCAUCGCUGCGUCCGACGGAGGUAGCAGUCUCUCAACGGACUCAAACACUAUGCAUUGCGAGAGCGAGGUGGCGGACGGUGUCGCAGAGACAGGCAUGGAGCGCCAAGGUGGGCACCAGACAAAUGAGGACGGAGUAAACGGGAGCGCAGACAGCCGGGACAACUCACCGCAACUGGAACGUGCGGACAGUCCGCUCAACCUCGAGCAACCUCGGUCUGAUCCGUCUGACCCCCGCGUGAUCUUGGAGAAAAAGCUAGAAGAGUUCAAGCAACGAGAGAUGGUAGAGAGGGCACCAGCAAACAUCACAUUGGCCGAACCGUCGCACAACCUCGAAGACGGACCCAAAGGACCGACAUUGCUAGAGAAGGCAUUAGCAGUGGCGAAACAGACCAGCAAGGGCGAUCUUCUCGUGGUCUUCGACACCAAAGAUUUGGCCAAGACUGUACGACUUAGCACAAAAUCGCUUCUUCUGCAAGUCCCUGCUCUGGCUGAGUAUCUCCGUGGUCGACCAACCAGCAAGACGGGCGAGGCGAUCGACGGUGUGCAUUUCCUUGUUGUACUGGAGAAGAGCAAAGAUCGGUCAAUGCCUGUGCUCGUUCCGAAAGCCUUAGAUACGCUAGCACCGAGCGCACCGCCAGAACACCUACCUACACUCUUCCCCGACAACAAAGACUUGAUGAUCAAGGUCGAGGACGGUGAAGAUGUUCGGCCCCGACCCGUCUGCAGCGAGGCCGACACCGUGAAACACAGCGACUGGGUCAAGGCUUACGACAGCUUCCUGCGCAUCGUUCGAUUGAUGCCGGACAUCAGCGCUCGCUCAUGCGGUUUACCGUCAGAUGCCAAGAUUGCAUUGGCUCGCAUUGAGCGGGUUGUUGCCGUAGCGGAGCAUUACGGUGUGAUGCUUGCCGCGGCGUCUGCAUUCAAGCUGCUGACCAACGACUGGAUGACUCAACGGACUCUGUUCGGCGCCAUCGCUGUGCAACCGAAACGGUGGCUAGUGCUUGCGGUUAAGCUCGAGAGCGAACUAGUUUACAAGGAAGCCUUCGUGCACCUGGUCGGACAGUACCCGAGCGUGGAGCUGGACGGAGUGGCGGCCUCCAUCGUUGACCAGAUUGCGAUGAUGAGUCGUGAUCUUCGGUACCAUCGCUACGAGGUGGACCAGCAGCUUCUACUUACGACCAUAAAAGUGUCGGCACACUCUGGAAAAGGCAAGCAAUCUGACAACAAGCAGCCACUGCGUGAGCAGAUGGUCAGUCCAUUCUACAAGACCGACAUCUACAACGUUGUCAAUCUUUGGCGCGACUGGAUAGCGGAGCAUAUUGAUGCCCUGCGAGCUAUUGAGAAUGGUGCUGAUCUCGCCACGGUCCGAGACACUCUCUUCUGCGAGCACAAUGUUUCUCUCGACGGCUCUCCGGCUAUGUGUUUGACGACUGCGGGCCUUUACCACCUUAUCGGCGAAGGCGGCGACGCCUAUCUUCCAGUCGAAGAGCUCAUCUCUAAGUGCAAGCAAAACGGCUUCAAGGCCGAGGCGGACACGAUACGGGCCAACCUGAAGGUUCUCAAGGACAAGGCAAAGGCAAUAGUGGCGCCGCUGUUGGCGUCGAAGUUGCAGUAUGAGGCAAAAACUGCCCUGUCGUACGUGACGUGUGUCGAUGCUGGCGCGGCGCCGUGGGCCGGAGAGUGUGGCGAGGUGGAGGAGACGGACGAUAUGGAUCUCGACUAA